UGGGCGUGUCGGUCGGAGCUAGCGGCGCCCGGACGCUCCUCUGGAAGCGAGGAGCCCGAGUCCUGUCGCUGCCGCCCCCUGUGGACACAAGCGGAACACACACCGCCACGCCGUCAAUAACACGUCACGGAACACUUCAGCACGAGAACAGACCUUACGGGAAACCAACCAUGCUAACAACCGAUGGCGGGAUUGAAACAAGCUAAUGAAACACGCUAGGAUGAUAACGACGUCAUCGUUCCAGGACAAGCGCAGCACGGCCUCAGCGGCUUCUUCACCUCGCCGCCCUGGCUCACGGAUGGCGGCUCCACGCUGGCGGCAGACACGGUCGACAUCUUCUGGCUGCGUGGCACACAGGAAUAAUCCUUCAGGAUCCUCUGCUCUGGUCCAAGUCACACUGUACACCACACCCGCCUUUAUGGGUCAUUUGAUAGAAAGAAAUGGCAUGGGAUCCAUCACCUCUCGGAGCCAUGCAUCUGGUCUGAGCCACACAUAACUGGAAUAAUUCCAGUUUCCUUCCCUUCCAUUCCAACUUGGCAUUGCCGGGUCAAACAAUGAGCAAGUGUGCUCGGGCCAACUGUCACACAUGUCCUCAUUUUGUAAUCUUCCCAGCCAAUUUCAGAUGACCUAAAUUAGCCUUUUACCGGCACAUAUUCCCACAGAGGCUAUGCCGACAUUGGCGUUCUUAUUACGGGCAGGGAUGGAGGUGUGUCCUCGGGCGGAAGGGAAACCACUAGACGCGUCAAACUAUCAUUUAAAACGGCGGAACUGUAGAUAAAUAAGAACUAAGAAGAAACAUUACGGAGUUUUGCUGUGCUGAUGUUGAAGAAGUCCUAGUUCCUGUAUUGCAUAACGCAUGUGUUUACUAGCUCGCUAGCUAGCUUAAAAGUCACGCCGUUAUGUCAAGCGCUAAAAGUUCCCUAAAACACACACAAUAACAUCACUAAAAGGAGCACAGACGACCAAGGCGGGGUAUAGAUGUAUACAGAUAUACAUAUAUACAGAUAUAUACUUACCGGGGGAGGGAAGCCGGUGAACGAUGCUAACUACCGCUUCACCUUCACGAGUGUGGCUUUAUACAACGUCACGUGACCGCGACACAGGCUUCUGGGAAAUGUAGUCUUUACACGGAUUAUAACCACGCUGAACGAUCAGGUGCCUUUAUUUAUUCAUUUAUUUUUUUGCAUUACGACGAAGACCCGACGCAUGCAAUAUCUAUUCACCAAAUCAUCAGUCAAUGACUUUGUUCAUUUGAAGCUACAUUUGCUUUGAUGGCCAUGAUGUCUGGCAGCACUAUGCUAGCGGCUAGUACGGACAGGGCCCAACAUCCCAAAGUGAAUUCAUAAGUUCCAAACACAAAACUCGGGUUCCGUUUUAUGAGCUAAUCUGCAGUACUUCCCUCAUCCGGUCGAUUUGGGGUUCGGUAUCUUUUUGGCCUUUGCGGCAUUUUCCGCCGCCAUUCCAAAAACAUGCCCCAAUUGGAGCCAUACAGUUUGUACUGUACGUGUCCUGUGAUUGACAGCCGAGAGCGAGCCCCGCCCACCCAAAGUCAGCUGGCACCGGCUCAUCUUAUGAGGACAAGCCCCACAAGCGGGACCUUUCCUUGGAAUGCUGUACAAGCUGCUGCCGGCAGGACAAAAUAUAGAACGCGGGGGCUCGGGAGUAUUGAAAUAUGAAAAAUGCAUGUGUGUUUUUACAUGCCUGCUGUGCGUCAGCAAAAGAAAAGCCAUGCGUAAGCAAGCAGAAGCCCUGAGUCAUUCCCAGCGACCAGCUGUGUCCCGUUUAAACAAACAGGAAGCUUUGCAUAUUAUUCAUUUGCUCGCCUCCGCCUGGACGAUAGUUACCUUUUUUUUGGGGGGGGGGGGCAACAUUGCUGCUGCCUAAGCGCCACAUUGCUGCUUUAGUGCUGCUUUAGUGCUGUGUUGAUGAUGAUGAGUCCUUGUGUGAGUCCUCAUCAUCCCUCCUAUCUCUAUUUUUUGCCAAAAAAAUGAGCAGAGUGAGCGCUCUCGUCUCUCUCCAAGUCCGCUGAUUAGCCAACAAAUUGCCUCCCAGGACAAUAAAGCUCCAUGCCGGUUGAGAAAACAAAGUCUUGGGUAAUCAGCAGUAGAUCAUACGUAGGUGGGCUUUGGGGAAAAGAUCCAUUUCAAACAGAACUUUCACUUUGACACAAAUAUUUGUGACAGCUCAAACAUCUCAACUAUACCAACAUGGUUGUUUGAGUGCUAAUAACUAUUUAGCAUUUUGUCAUGUGGACGUGAACCGUGCGUGUGAUUGUGUUCAAAUGUCCCUACAUACCCCCACCCCCUCACCCCUCCUGCCAGCUCCUACCAGGUGCCCUACUGCCCCCUGGUGGCCGUUUUUAUGGCUUAAAAGUGCUCUGACAUCAAAUGCAUCAGCAGAGUUGCAUCAUCACCUCCUUUUGCCUCUCACGCACAAAAACACAAAGUGCGUAGGAAUAUGUCGUUAACCCUAAAAAAUCAUCAUGAAAUCAUCUUUAGUAUUGAAAGAUCUCAGAAAGUACUUUUCAAUUUCAUCUGGGUUUUCCUGGAGCUGCAGCACGCCAGCCUUUGAAAGACGGCCCUCCAGCGUCGUGAAAAGGAAACAAUCGCCUCCGCACGAGAAAACAUGCGGUCCAUGUAAGCCGCCACGAAUUCACCUUUGUCGCUGACGUGACCUCACAGUUAAUCCCGUCAUGUGGCACCAUCCCUCCUGCCAGCGGCUUAAGUAAAACGAUGAAAACCCACGUGUGCCUGACUAAUGUGUAAAUGAUCCACACAGGAGGAACUGCAGAGGCAUCAAGUGACAGUCAAGUGUUUCCUUACAUCUGAGCCCCCCCCCCCCCCCCAUUCCCCAACCCCCCCGAAUAAGGAAUGGACUUUAGCCUCUUGACACGGCAUGAUUGAUGGAGGAUGAAAGUUAAGUCCUGAAUAGUUGAUGAGCUGAGAGGAAAAGAGAAGAAAUGAAAAGAUUGGAUGCAGAAAUAGAGAGAGAGAGGGAGAGAGCGAGGGGGCGAGCCAGGACGAGGGAGGCUGGGCAUCAUCCCCUCGCCCCGCCACCACCCGCCUUCAUUAAGGCUGAGCUCUUGCACGGAGAAGCACCUUGCGGCCCCCAGAGGAGGGCAGAAGAAGAAGGGAUGGUGCCAUGAGGAGAUCCAGCCGUGCCGCGGCGGCCAUGGAGAGACUGAGGGGUCCGGCGGCGGCGGCGGGGGGGGGGGUGCUCCAGGGCCACCUGUGGGUGGAGAGCCCUGCUCCUGCCGCAGCAAAACCGCCAGUCGCUGUACAUGUACGGCAGCGAGGUGGCGGUGGAGAAGGAGUGCUUACGCCAACUCCAGAGCGGCGUCUUUGUCAUCCACCCCUUCAGCCUCCUGAGGAGCUACUACAUCAUGGGCAUGAUGGCCAUCACGUUCCUCAACCUAAUUGGCAUCCCCAUGGAGAUAGCGUUCCUGGACCGGACCGGCGGGCUGGCAUGGGAAGGCUUUAAUGUCUUCUCCGACACGCUCUUCCUGAUUGAUGUGGCCUUGAAUUUUCGCAUGGGCAUCAUCGCGGAGGACGGCGAGGAAGCUAUUCUGGACAUCAAGCAGAUCCGAGUGAGCUACCUGAGGACCUGGUUCAUUCCGGACGUUAUUGCCGCCUUCCCUAUUGGCUACAUACUGCUGUUUGCGGACUUGCACUACCACAGUGACGACAACCCCUCCAAGACCACCAAGAUGAUGAGAAUCCUCAUGUUUGUGCGCAUCCUCAGCCUGAUCCGACUGGCCCGGGUGUCCAGGCUGGUCCGCUUCUUCAACGAAGUGGAGAAAGUAUCCAACGCCAACCUGGAGGUGGUGCGUCUCUUCUUCCGCAUCCUGUCUCUGUUCAUGAUGAUUUUCCUGCUGUGCCACUGGAACGGCUGCAUCCAGUACUUUGUUCCCAUGCUGGAGGAGUUCCCGACUGACUGCUGGGUCCGAAAAGAAAACCUGAUGAAUGCCACGGUCAUCGUGAAGUACUCUUGGGGAGUUUUCCGGGCUCUUUCCCAGAUGAUCGCGCUCUCCUACGGAUCCAUGGACGCCCCCACAAAUUACGUGGAGAUGUGGAUCGUCAUGGUCAGCAUGGUGUCCGGCUGCCUGAUGUACACCGUGCUGGUGGCCAACACCACCGCCAUGAUCGCCAACAGUGACCCCGCCUCCAAGGAGUACAAGAGCAAGAUGAGUCGCUUGGAGCACUACAUGGCCUUCAUGAAGCUCCCGCCGGAGCUGCAGCUGCGCAUCACCAACUACUACCAGGCGCGCUACGGAGGCAAGUGGUUUGACGAGAAGGAAGUCAUGCAUACCGUGUCGUCGGCGCUCAAGGAGCAAAUCCUGACGGUGAUGUGCAGCCGCCUGCUGAGGAACAUGCCGCUGUUCCGGAGUCAGGACGACAACUUCCUCAGCUCCGUGGUUCAGAGGUUGGAGUACGAGGUCUACCAGGAGGGAGACGUCAUCACCCGGGAGAACGUGCCGGGCGACCGCAUGUUCUUCGUCGACCAUGGCCAAGUGCUGGAGGAGAACGACUCCUUCCAGAGGGAACUGUGUGACGGAGACUUCUUUGGAGAGGCGUGCGUGCUGACCAGAGGCAAACAUCUGGCCACGGCCAAGGCGCUGACUGACUGCCAGUGCUUCAGCCUGUCCUGUGAUGACUUUCGGGAGGUGCUGCAGGGCUUCCCGGAUGUCAGGAAGGACCUGGAGGACAUGGUGGAGCUCCAGUAUUCGGGAGAGGGACUGGUGUGAGGAGCGGGACGAGACCGCGCCUCCACCACAACAUGAGCAGUUAGCCAAUAUCCAUCAUGAUCAUAUCUACUGUACCCAUCACGUGUCAGCAAUAAUCAAUAAAGUAUCCUGUAUGCGUCCUCAGCAAUAGUACACAUUUAACACACGCAGUAUUUUCCCUGACUUUUCAAGUAACACUCCGACUUUUUGUGUAUCUGGUUUUUGGUACCCUGCAAUCCACGCUAAUCCUCUGUACCUAAAGUAUACACACAGCAGUAUGUUAUGCAGUAUUUACAAUAGCGAUCAGUACUGUCAUUGCACGGUAUAAUAAUAAUAAUCAUUCAUUGAUUUGGUAUGCAUGUCCAUCCUAUG